GCUGGGAGCUCCGGCCAAUCAAAGCCGCAUCUCUCCCUGCAAGUAGUUUGGUGGCUGCAGGAGCGUGACAUCAUGCGCAGCUCCGUCUCUUUCUGCUAUAACUACAAGAGAAAUGACGGCGACGACUCAGCCGCGUGCACGGUGAGAUUUGGUGGAGCAGCCAUGGUGUGUGUGUGAAGCGGAAGGAGGUGUAUCCAUCCGUGCAAAGAGGGAGGAGAAUGGCGGAUAGACAGAAUGUCUGUGGAGUGGGACAUCAGUGAUCAAGCUGUGGGACUUCUUUGUUUUGGCCUGGUGCUCGGCUGACGCCAUGGAUCCAGAGAAAACACUGACUUUCUGCCUCGGUUUGCAGGCUGAGGAGAUGACCAUGUCCCUGCAGGAGCUGGCUACAACUGAAGACACCACGCUGUCUGUGACGGAGAUAGACAUGAGCACACUUGAGAAGCAGGCGGUGAAGCAUCACCCUGCUGUCAGUCCAAAGUUCUGUCCUGGCAUAAACAACAAAGCAGGGUACCUGUGUGAAACAGGACACUGCUGUGGAGCGACGGGCUGCUGCACAUAUUAUUAUGAACUCUGGUGGUUCUGGUUGUUGUGGACGCUGCUGAUCCUCUUCAGCUGUUUCUGCGCGUACCGUCACAGACGAGCCAAGCUGAGGAUCCAGCAGCAGCAGAGGCAGAGAGAAAUCAAUCUGAUCGCCUACAACGGAGCCUGCAGCUACCCUUCCUCCAUGCUGGACCUCACUUUCCUUACCUCCUUCAAGUUGCCCUCUUACGAUGAGGUGGCAGCGCAGCCCAGCACCCCUCCGCCUCCUUACAGCUCCAUCUUUGCCCUGCAGGGGGGUCCUACAGCAGGCCCCAGCUCCUCCUAUCCACAUCACCACCACCCCAGGCCACCCUGUCCCCCAUACUUGGGCCCGGGUCCCAGUCCCAGCGCUCUGACCUCCUCUCAGAGCUCCGACAACUACACCAGCUGCUCCUGUGAGUCCUGCUCCCUCACCUCCCCUUCCAGCACCUCCUUCUCCGUCCAGGUGACGGACGAGACGGACGACAGCAGCCGCCUGUCCACGCCCAGCGGGGCGGGGGGCAACAGCGUCGUCACGCCGAGAUCCUCGCCUCCCGCGUCUCGAGCUCUGCCUGACCUCAUACCCGCCGUCGUUCCCGAUGUCAUCUCAGUGCAAAGACGCUCCUCAGAAGGAGUCUCCGUUCCCCGUCCGCCUCUUUCUCUCCCGUUACACUCCCAYGCUCCAAACCCUUCUCGCCUCCCGCUGUCCCCCCUCGUUCUCAUAUCCUCCCACCCGUCUGGUCAGAGUCACCCUCUCRACCUGCUCAGCGUUGCGCCCAGUCCGAAAGCAAAAACCGAGAGCCCGCCUCAGGACAAAACGCCGUCUCCCUGUUCACGGGAUAAACACGACAGGGACAAGGAGGAGGAGGAUGAAGAAGAAGAAGAUGACGAGGAGGAUCACUUCCGCCACCGACGACUGACGGGUGACUCCGGCAUCGAGGUGUGUCGCUGUCACGUGAGGCGAGGGGGAGAGGAACAGCAAAAGGGACACUCGGGGAAAGGUAGGAAAGAGGAAGGAGGUGCAAACACGACGCACCCAACGAAGAGCGCCGUGCGGUCAUGUGUCUCAGACGACUGCGAGGAGCGACGUGGUGGGGUUCCUCCUCCCAGCAGGGUCACCUACAGGGCCGGCGAGGCCGCCGUCACGUUGGAGUCCUCGUAAGCAGAGCGACGAUGGAACGAGCAGGAAAAUACGAGCCGUUGGUGCUUCAGAGCAGUCUGACGGAUCAAGACUAGUAGGUGAAAAUCACUGAAGAAAAGUCUUGCAGAUCUUGUGAUGGUUGGGGUCGUGGAGGAGCCUUUUGUUCUCUGCAGAAGACACUCCAAGAGAACCUGCCAGCUGAAGUUUCUAAGUAAUAAUAGAAAAUGAAAUUGAGUUAGUGGCUUGGACAGUGGUAUGCUUGUUUUUCUACAAAAAGCUGAAAGUGCAGAUCAGUUACGCACCUUUUUUAGGUCUUUGUCUUGCUGCACGGUUAUCUCUGUUUUUUAAAGGCUGUAGCCUUGUCAGAUUAAAUGUCUUGUAAAUGUUGACUUUUCAUUCUGCAUCAGGAGCUCAUUAGGAGGCAAUUAAGAGUGAUCACAAGACUAUGAUCGACAUAAGAGCAAAAAAUAAUGACUCUUCGACAUGACAGAUGAUCGUUAUUUUUAAGUUUUGGUAGUUUUGUAUUUUAACACAAACAGGACGAGCAUAAAGCAAAUGAGUGAAGUAAAAAUCCGAUUUUUGUUUCAAAUGUUYCACCUUUCUGCGUAGAAAAAGGUUAUUGCCUUACAUCACACCUUCAGUGUCAUGCAGAUUAAUGCAAAAAAAACUACAAGUGAAUAAAUAGCUGACUGUUUCCUGAAGUGGUAGACAUCUACUACUGCUACCUGUGAAAUGUGAUUGUGUAAUAAGAUCUAAAUCGAUCUGUGUGUUUUUGUUGUUGGAUUCACAGAUAUUGAACAAAAAAAUAACAAAAUAAUAAUAAUAAUUUUCAACAGGUUCAAUUCUUUGUUAAGAGAACCAAGACAUUAAUUGAUGAAUUUAUAGUUUGUUGUGUUUCAUGUUGGAAAGACCUAAASCUUUAGACCUGUGAAACUAAACUGUAGUAAAAUGAUGUUAGUACUGUGCUGUUUCAGACUGUUAGUUUGACCAAAGUGUUGGUUCACAGUUAUUUGUUGCACCGUCUGCAAGGUGAUUUAAUUCUGAUUCCUCCUAGGACAGACUGUUUGUGCAACACUAAAGCUUGAUUUUGUCACAGAUAAUGAAUGUAAAAGGUUAUGCAUACACUAAUGUUUUAUAUAGAGACUUUUUUAGUWAAAUGUUUGACUGAAAAAUCCUUAAAAAGUGUGAAAAACUGCAGUGAGACAAUUCAUUCAGCCAGUUUAUGGUUUAAAAAUAUAAAUGUUUGAAUUUUUAUCACUUAUUACAAUAGAAGGCAGGGGAUUGUAUAUUUACCUGUCUAUGUGUGUGUUCAUUUGUCAUGUUAUAAAAUAGCUCAUGAACCAGUGAAUGGAUUUUAAUGAAACUCUCAAAGCAAUCAUUUGAUGUGCRUCUAUAGCUGAAUAACAAUCUGAUUCAAGAUGGCCGCCACAGCUACUCAACUUUUGCAAGGACAAAAAAYAACUAAUUCAGUCGAUUUUCCCAAUAUUGAGCAUAAAGUUGAUCCARUCACUAACAGACUGUGACAUUUUUGUUUAAAACUUUGGCAUGCCAGGUGAUGGGGGUGAUAUGCAUUCCCUUCAGAACUGGUGGACCUUUCGGUGGCAGAACAUGUCAGUAGUUCUCCAGUGUUUGUCUGUAAAAAUCACGUGCAUGUUCUCUGUCUCUCAUUAUUUGGUGCACAGUGCACAUCAGCAGGCCUGUAAUUAACCGUCAGAGCAGACGUUUUAGAAACAAAAAAUGCCUCAGAACACAUUUUGUACUUUGUGUCUUGCUGCUGUUUUAAUGAGACAAAGUGAAUAUGCUGUUAACUGAGUAGAGAAGAGUGAAAAAGCUGGCUUUUAUUCAUCCAGUGUCUUAACCAUAAGAGAAACUUAUCAAUGUAUGGACUGUGUUUCAGUUAGCAUGACUCCAAUGAGAGAGUCGGGUGUUACCACUGUGUCAAAGUGUCUCUGAGCAAGACACCGAACCCCUCAUUAAGUGUCCCAUCUCUUUGAAUGUGUUCUAAAGCCCUGGUUAGCCAUUAUGAAAUGAUUAAUCAGAUUAGCUGUGUAGACAUGUAGGGGUGUACGAGUGUGUGUAGAUGGGCGUGGGAGGGUUUGUUUUAAAGUUUGAAGGUUCCAUCUUUGUUCCAAUCUCAUGGCAGAGCUUAAAGACUGUUUGGCUUCUGGCAAAAGUAGAUUGUUUUUAUUUUUGCCUAAAGAUUGUUCUCUUUGUUUGCAUUGGUGUUUUAUUGUGUAAAUUAGUCCAAUUUUUAUAGUGCCUAGAUGAUUGCAGAUUCUCUAUGAGCUAUUCUGUAGUUUACUGAUUAAAAAGUGUUUUCUUUAAAGCGUGAAUAGAUUUACAUCCUAUUAGCUAAUGUUUUAAACAGUGCUAUAGACACUAUCUAGCAUAAAAGAUAAUACAUGUGAGACUUACAAAAAAAAUGUAUUUAGCAAUAGUAUUCACACUUUUUCCUAUUUCUAGUUUCUGCUGGUUGAUAGGAAAUAAACUGUGGUGAAACKUUUACCUCUUUGUAUAGAUCUAUGAGCUGUGCUGGGCUGAAGGCCCUGAUUGUUUAAAAAAAACUGACAAACUGUGUUUAAAUGCCUUUGGCUUAAAGGGAUAGUCUGGUGAAUUUGAAGUGAUGUUCUGUCACAUAGUUAACAGUAGGAUUGAAGAAAAGGCACAUUUGGGCUGUGACGUCAACGUUUGGUUAAGAAAACAGCAACAAACUAAAUAAAUGGUUUAUUCAAAGUGUAGAGAUUUAAUUUUUGUCAGUGGAGGAUUUUUCACGUAUAAGACGUUUUUUGAUUUCUGCCUUUUUCUCYACACUCCAUGCUCUGAGACUAACAUCACUUCUCAUAAGGCACUUACUUUGAUUAAUUUCCUCCAGAAUCACCAAACUAUCCCUUUAAGGUUUGUCCCAGAACUUAACUUGGUUUGUACUGUUUCUAUUUAUCUCCAGUUUUGGUUUCUUGAUUUAUUUAACUCCAGAGCAACAUCCUCUCUGAAAGAACCUGCAGCCUUUCCUCUUGUUCUGCGUGGAUUUACACAUACUUUCUGCCAAUUAGUAAUUGUACAAGACAGUUCCCAAGUUUUAACUUCUGUUCCUGUUUUUUAAGGCUGUUUGUAAUCAUUUUAAUGUCAGAUUCUUUUCUGUCCAAUUGAUCAUAUAAUGCGCAUUUGGUCCUUGUAUCCAAGAAAAGUUUUUUUUUCUUUAGGUCAUUUUACAUUCAGAUAAAAAUUCAAAGAGCCUCUAAUUACUUUGCCAUUAUAUUUUCAAUUUAAAGAAAAAUAUGCCUAUUAUCAAGACGUGCAACUCUCCUUAUACGCAACCUGGGCUCAAAUCUGCAGCCUUGGAAUUACAAGGCCGAGACUCUGACUCACUGUAAAAGGCUAACUGACUACUAAAAAAAGAGUAUAGCACACAAAGCUUAAUGUUUUUAAAAUAGAUAUGUUUUUCAGACUUUUUUAUGAGUUGUGCUGGUAUUCUUUAUGUAUAAAUCUUGACUUGAACUUGAAAUACUCAUUUUAAUGGCCUUUAACACAAAGAUAUAGAGUCAUCUUUUUGUUUUGUUUCAGCAGUAUUAUAUUUAAAUCAGCCGAGAACGUUUUCGAUCUAUAAAUUGAUGUACAGAAGGGAACACCUUGUACCUUGUGAGCAGCUACUGUGUGCAGAAAAAAAGAAACAAACUGUAAGCCAAGGCCUGAUACAAGACUGUUACCUCGCAGGAGUUUUGACUGUGACAGACUUUAUUUCUUCCUCUGAAGAUAGAAAUCGCUUUGUAUUUCAGUGAAUUUGUUUUUGAAAUGUUGAAGAAAAUAAAAACCGGCCUGCUGAUUCAGGACAAUUUUUUGCYGUUUUGUCUUGCAGGACAUGUGUUUUUCUUCUUUCCUGCAGCCAUGAAGCAGCAGGAUGUAAAGCAGCACCUAUGUGACUGUGUGUGGAAUAGUUCAGCUGAAUAUUUACACGACACGUGAACUUUGAGGGUGUCUUUGUGUGAUUCUCGCAGCCUUUUAUUGUUUCAUAYGUGUGAGAAAGUUAUUGUCGUUAAAAUAGUUGCUUAUGAUGAGCGUUGAAUAAAUWUUCUGUGUCCGCUCAGUUUUUUAUCUUAAUGUGUAACAUAUCUGCUUUGAAUGGAAGUUUAGUCUUUUUUUUUUAAAUGUUACGUUCUUUUUUCCAGUUAAUGUGUCACUUUUUUAUUUAAUCAGACUGUCUUUAGUUUGACGCAAACAGCUGUGCUACUUUAUUCGACAAAAACUGUGGAUUUGUGUGACAAUAAAUGUGCUAUCAAAUA